AUGGCCUCGUUGCACUCGAUACCACGCUUCCUGCUGCCGCGCCCACCUCUCCUGGUCCGGCAGCCGCGCCUUACGCAAUCACUCCUCCCGUCCUCGUCCGCCGUGCGCCAUGUCUCCAACGCGCGCCAGCUAUCCGCUGAAUUCGAGCGCCGCCGUGCCGCUGCCGCCAGCACAAAACAGCGCGUCAUCCCCCAGCCGGACAAGUACCGCCCGCCAUCGCACAGCAGGACAUUGCCGCGCCGUGCAGAUCCCGGUGUCGGCAAGGUGUACGGGCCCAAGUUGAGCGAAGAAGACAAGAAGCGCAUGGCGACGAAGAAGUACCCGAACAUGAUGAGUCCCGAGGGCACAUUCAGCCAUUGGUUUCUGAACAACCGGAUCAUUCACCUAUGGAUCACCAUAGGCAUCCUAGUCUCGCUCGCCGUUGCGACGUGGUAUAUGGAUUUCAUGUCCAAGACCAUCUUCGCAUCUCUCCUGCCCGACCGCCGCGAGUUCCUGCGCCACCCAAUCCAAACCAGCAAGCGCUUCAUGGAGGUCUACAAGAUGCACGUGGCAUACACCAGCCAGCUCUGCUCGGAACAGCGGCUGAAGAAGGCAGAGGAGGUCGAGAAGCGGAAGCAGUACAGGCUCGAGAGGCAGCGUGAAGCUGAGGAGAGGGGCGAGGAAUAUGUCGAGGAUCCGAGGUACUAUGUGGGUGAGGAUGGUGUGAGAAGGAGGAGGGUUAAGAAGUGGUUUGGUAUCUGGGAGUAG